AUGACGUCGCCAGCAAAAUUCAAAAAGGAUAAGGAGAUCAUAGCUGAAUACGACACUCAAGUUAAAGAGAUCCGAGCCCAAUUGGUAGAGCAGCUGAAAUGCCUUGACCAGCAGUGUGAGCUUCGGGUCCAGUUACUGCAGGAUUUGCAGGAUUUCUUCCGCAAGAAGGCAGAGAUUGAGAUGGAUUACUCAAGGAACUUGGAGAAGUUGGCUGAGAGAUUCCUGGCUAAAACUAGGAGCACCAAAGACCAGCAAUUCAAGAAGGAUCAGAAUGUGCUAUCGCCAGUCAAUUGCUGGAAUCUCCUGCUAAAUCAAGUGAAGCGGGAGAGCAGGGAUCACACCACCCUCAGCGACAUCUAUCUCAACAACAUCAUCCCCCGCUUUGUCCAGGUCAGCGAAGACUCGGGGCGCCUGUUCAAGAAGAGCAAGGAAGUGGGAUUGCAGCUCCAGGAAGACUUGAUGAAGGUCCUGAAUGAACUCUACACGGUUAUGAAAACCUACCAUAUGUACAACGCUGACAGCAUUAGUGCUCAGAGCAAGCUGAAGGAGGCAGAGAAGCAGGAAGAAAAGCAGAUUGGGAAGUCGGUGAAACAAGAGGACAAGCAGACGCCGCGCUCCCCUGACUCAACUUCCAACGUCAAGUUUGAAGAAAAACAUGUUCGACGAAGCUCUGUCAAAAAAAUAGAGAAAAUGAAGGAGAAGCGCCAGGCGAAGUACACAGAGAAUAGACUGAAGGCUAUUAAGGCCAGAAACGAGUAUCUGCUGGCUCUGGAAGCCACCAAUGCAUCUGUAUUCAAGUACUACAUCCACGACCUGUCUGAUCUCAUUGAUGUAAGUGCUGCUGCGCCGGUGCCUGCAGUGAAAAGUGUUGCCAUUAACCCUCACAUGUGCCUCUCCUUCCUCAACAUCUUGUAUGUCCGCACAGCUG